GUGGAGGUCUGGGAAGCAGGAAUCUUUCCCGAUAAACACGUCAUGUAAGCAGUAAGGAACCUAGUGGGCUGUUUCGUUCAUGGCUGACUCAGAUGAUGAGCGAAGAAAGCUUGUCGUGAAUCAACCGUAUGAUGAAGCUCUUGAAGUAAACGACGACGAAGAAGUAGCGAGCACAUUUACUCCAAGUCCUAGGCCUGUAGGGGGGAAACCAGGAGGAUACAAUCGAGGAAUUGGAUCCAUCUCGAUGACUGACCAAAGUGAUGAUGAGUUUGACCAUGAUGACUUAGUUGAAAGGAAGGAACUUCCAGCAGGAGGAUAUUCCCGGCCAAAAGAGGCUUUACAGGGGGUUAAGGAACGCCCUGGGAGACCAACUGGCCAGGAAAUACCUACUCAACAAAACGAUGAUGAUGAUGAUGAUGAAGGUGAUGAACAGAGUGACAGCUCAGAGGAAGAUGACGAUGAUGAAGAUGCACAUGGAACUGCACCAGAGGGAGCUUAUGACCCAGCUGAUUAUGAACAUCUUCCUGUGAGUCAAGAAAUCAAGGAACUUUUUCAGUACAUCACUCGGUAUACUCCACAAUCAAUUGAUUUGGAGCACAAAUUGAAGCCGUUCAAUCCUGAUUUUAUUCCUGCUGUUGGAGAUAUUGAUGCAUUCUUAAAGGUUACACGACCAGAUGGUAAACCAGAGACUUUGGGAUUGGUGGUCCUUGAUGAACCAAUGGCCAAUCAAUCUGACCCAACUGUGCUGGAUCUUCAACUGAGAACCAUUUCCAAACAGACAAAUCUAAAAGCCAUGGCUGUACGCAGCAUUGAAGAUCCAGAAAAAAAUCCUAAAGCUGUUGAUAACUGGAUUGAUAGUAUCAGGGAAUUGCAUCGUCAAAAACCAGCUCCAACAGUUCAUUAUCAAAGGAACAUGCCUGACAUUGAUUCUCUUAUGCAAGAGUGGCCACCAGAAUUUGAGGACCUACUGAAUCAGGUUGGGCUUCCAACAGCUGAUCUUGAUGUUGAGUUGCAUCAAUAUGUUGAUCUAAUAUGCGGAAUCCUUGAUAUACCAGUGCACAAUAACAGGAUUCAUGCCAUGCAUGUUCUUUUUACAUUAUUCUCAGAGUUCAAGAACUCUCAGCAUUUCCAUCAACUGGCCAAAGAUAACCAAAUGGCAAAUGAGUUUAAAGUGGACAAUGGUGGUGGCAUUGGGGGAAUGACAGCUGCAGCAGAGCACUUGACUCUGAAUGGUGGAGAUACUCAGACUUUGAGCUUUGAUGACUAGAACAUAACACUGCAUGUACACUUUCUUGUAGAUACAUGUACAAAGCCAAGUUUGCCAUUUUACUACAACAGUAGUUUGAAUGAACUUUUUUUGCAAGUGUUCAAAAGAACUGAGUGUACCUGAUUUCUACAUUUUACUCUCAAGGCUUUUCCCAAAAUAGAACUUAAUGUAAAUCUGUCUGUACUGAGAAACUCUUUAUGACUAAAUUAUUUAACUUAAGUAUUUGCAUAAACUCUAUCUCCUUGUUUCUAAGCAUAGACUCAAGACUGAUACACGAGCUCUAGACCCUCUGCAGAAAAUUGAGACACGAUGAACAAACCCAACUUUUUAGCUCAGUAUUUUUUUCGAGGGCCUGAAUAAAAAGAUUGAUACGAGGUCUCUCUCUUUUUUUUCUUGGCUUGUGUUUGUGAGAAGUAAUGUGAGUAAUGAAUCUUUGACUAUUGCUGCCAUUUUCACUAUAUGUGAAGAUGCAAAAGUUUUGUUUUAUUUCUGUUUUCACUCCUGCCAGUAAGGUACAUCUACAUUAUUUAAGAUUUUCAAUAAUUCAGUUUCAAAACACAAACAUUAUAAUUUUCAUGCGACUGUUUCCAUGUUUAUAUUUAAUGCAAUUAAGUUGUGCAAUGUAGAAACUUUGGGUGAAAGUGACUGUAUAGGCUACAGGUACUGUAAAUAAAAUGUUCAUGUACAUAA